ACACGGAAGUUGAAAUUUGACGUGGCCAUCAUUGACUGCCAGAUUGAUCUUGCCUCACCCCCUGAAGUCUUGUUGUAUGGCUGCUGACCACGCUAUCCUCAACGUUGACGACACCUUCACUUCACAAAUCAACGCUAUGACAACCGAUAAAUAUUCAGUUUUGCUGCCAACCUAUAAUGAGCGCGAGAACUUACCUGUGAUCACAUGGUUGCUUGCCCGUACAUUUACUCAACACAACAUUGACUGGGAAAUUGUCAUUAUUGAUGAUGCCAGCCCUGACGGCACACAGGAUGUUGCCCGAGAACUCCAAAAGAUUUAUGGCGAAGACAGAAUCCAAUUACGCCCUCGUGCUGGCAAACUCGGUCUUGGUACUGCAUAUGUUCACGGUAUCCAAUUUGCCACCGGAAACUACACAAUCAUCAUGGACGCUGACUUCUCACAUCAUCCAAAGUUCAUACCUGAAAUGAUCAGACUUCAAAAGCAGCAUGAUUACGAUGUUGUGAGUGGUACUCGUUACAAAACCGGAGGAGGUGUAUACGGCUGGGACUUGAAGCGCAAGCUAGUAAGUCGCGGUGCAAAUUUUUUGGCGACUCUUUUGCUUCGACCCAAUGCAUCAGAUUUGACGGGUAGUUUCCGCCUGUACAAGAAGGAUGUCCUCCUGCAGUUAAUCCAAGCAACUAUCGCCAAAGGCUAUGUUUUCCAGAUGGAGAUGAUUGUUCGCGCAAGGCAAUUCAACUACAAGGUCGGAGAGGUGCCAAUCACAUUUGUCGACCGAGUGUACGGUGAAAGCAAAAUGGGUGCUUCUGAAAUUGUACAGUACGCUCAAGGUGUAUGGAGACUGUUCCUCUCCAUUUAAGUCCAUUUGAUAUUUUAUUCUCAUUCAUACCAAUUCUACAUAAAGUUUAAAUGUCAUGCUCAAUGUACAAAACCCUCUACCGUGGCGAUAACAU